AGCAGUAGUAGUACUCAACAGACUAUAAAUUUAGAGUGGUGGAAAGAGUUCCACAGAUCAAAACAUAUAUAUGUGUAAUAUUCACAGAUAUAUUUAUAUAAAAAUAUAUAAAUACAUAAAGGAAGACAAAAAAGAUACCAACGAAAGAGAAAUAGAUAAAGGAAAGGGAAAGCUUAGUUGAAACUCCAAACGAAGGAUAAAAGGGGGGUCAGCACCUUCUCACAAAGGCGUCGCAGAAAAAAGAAAAAAGAAAAAAAAAACUCAAAAAGAAAAGAGAUCGAAGUGGGAGAGAAAGAAAGAAACAAAAAAAAAACAGAAACUGAUCAACCUAGCUAAACCCUUAUAUUCAUUCCAAUCACAUCUUCAUUUUUUUUUUCAAAGCAACCAAGGUUUGUGUAUAGAUAUAUAUUGUAUAUAUUUUCUUUAUUCUUUUCAAGUAUUGAUAUUUUUUUUCUACUUCCCUUUUGAUCGAUACCCUCUUCUUACCCUUAGGCGUACUAGAUUAUUUUUUACUAUAUAUGGAGCAAGUUAAUUCAGUGUUGUAGUUCUCACUUUAGGUUUUUCACUACUGAGAAAAACUUGUUCCUUCUAUAUAUAUAUAUAUAUAUAUAUAUAUUUAUUUCACAAAGAAAUAUUAUUAUUGAGAAAGAUGAUGUCAUAUGGGAUGAAAGAAGAUGAAGCUGAGUGUUCACAAACAAUUCAAAACAAUAUACAGGGAUUUCAAGACCAGUUUCUUCUUCAUCAACACCAACAGAUCAUGCAUCACCAUCAUCAACAAGACCAUCAAAUUAGCAGUGAUCACCAUAUCUAUAAUGGAGGUGGAAGGUCAGCCUUACUUUUUCCAGAAGUCUCACCAAUCUUGCAGCCCACGGCCUGGUCACUGCCUCCGGUUCACGCCUUCAAUCCAUCUCACUUCGGCUCAAACCCGGUCCGAGACCACGACCCCUUUCUUGCCCCACCUCCACCAUCAUCGUCCUACGCAAAUUUCAUGAACAGAAGAGGCGGUGGGGCUCCUUCGCUACAGUUUACAUAUGACGGUUCACAUCAUCAUCCCUCGUCCGACCACCUCAGAAUCUUGUCGGAUACCAUCGGGCCGGUUGUUCAACCCGGUUCGGCUCCGUUUGGGCUUCAGGCCGAGUUGGGCAAGAUGACGGCCCAAGAAAUCAUGGAUGCUAAGGCUCUUGCUGCUUCGAAGAGUCACAGCGAGGCCGAGAGGAGACGAAGAGAGAGAAUCAAUAACCAUCUUGCCAAGUUGCGUAGCCUAUUGCCCAGCACCACCAAAACGGACAAAGCUUCGCUACUUGCAGAAGUGAUCCAACAUGUUAAGGAGCUCAAACGACAGACUUCUCUAAUAGCUGAGACCAGUCCAGUCCCUACCGAAACAGAUGAACUGACCGUAGACGACGCGUCCUCUGAUGAAGAUGGCCGCUUCAUUAUCAAAGCCUCGCUUUGCUGUGAGGACAGGUCCGACCUCUUACCGGACCUUAUCAAGACAUUGAAAGCUUUGCGUUUGAGAACUCUCAAAGCCGAGAUAACUACACUUGGUGGUCGAGUAAAGAACGUCUUGUUCAUUACUGGUGAUGAAGAUUCCGGUGCCGGCGCUGAUGACGAAGACGACGACGAUGAAGAUCAAGAUCAACCGACUCAUCAGUACUGCAUUAGCUCGAUUCAGGAGGCUCUUAAGGCUGUUAUUGAGAAGAAGGCCAGUGAGGAUUCUUCUUCUGGGAGCGUUAAGAGGCAAAGGACCACUAAUAACAUCAAUAUAUAUCCUUGAAAAGAAAAACAACUACAAGAAACACAUUAUAUAACAGGUCUUGUAUUAUUAUUUUAUCAAGAUCAAGGCCUAUAUAAUUUUACGUACUACUUUUUUUUUUGGUUUUAUUGUCAUUAUUUUCUUGUUGGGGUGUGGUUUUUUUUUUUUUUUCUUUUUUACUUGGCGUGUUUUGUUAAUCAUGUUGUUAUGUAUUUUCCACCAGUUGAGCAAAUAGGUAAUCAUGGUGUGGUUUGUGUA